AUGUGCACACUACUUGUCUACGCUCUCAUAAUAACCACACAGAUUGCUUUGGUUUAUGCAUCACCAUCUCAGGGUCUAUUCCGGUCUGUGUUGAACAAUCAUGGGUACUAUGACGUACAGGCUCAUCGCGGAGGAAGAGGAGAUGUUGUAGAAAAUACUUUACCGAGUUUUGCAUGGGGCCUUAUUCACGGCGCCACCACGCUCGAACUAGAUAAUGGCAUCACUCAGGAUGGUGAAGUUGUUGUAUGGCACGACGAGAGCAUCGCAGCAGAAAAGUGCUCUGACACAGCGCCAGUGGUCCCAGAUGAUCCCGCAUAUCCUUAUGUUGGAAAGUUUAUAACCAAUCUUACGUUGGCUCAGAUAAAGACCCUCGAUUGUGGAUCAAAGCGCCAAAAGAAAUAUCCCCACCAACUUGUAUAUCCUGGAGCGCGGAUACCCACUCUACGGGAAGUCUUCAACUUCGUGGCAUGCGCAGAUCCUUCGCACCAGAUCCUUUGGAAUAUCGAGUCAAAAAUCAAUCCUCAAUACCCAAAUCAAACUUCUAGCGUAGAUGAUUUUGUCCAGAGGCAACACGAGAUUUUUGUAUCUAGCCCAUACUACCAAUCGAUCACGUAUCAAAGUUUUGACUGGCGAACUCUAGUUGCCAUGAAGAAUCUGGACGAUAAAAUUGCGAUUUCUGCCCUUAUCGAUGACGAGACCGCUUCUACGCCGGGUAACUCGACUUCCAUGUGGUUGGCUGGCCUACGCCUCGACUCGUUUCCCGGUCCAUCACUGUCAAAACAGAUGGCACAAGCUGCUCACGCCAUUAAAUCGGAUAUCUUAUCUUUUACUGGAUCAUUCCUCAUGCCCUUUUCAUCCCACGAGGCAUCCUCUCAGUUCACAAGUCCUGAAAUAAUUAGCGAAGCUCACAUGCUUGGCAUGAAGGUUGUGCCAUGGACUGUAAAUCGCUUGGACCGGGUUGAAGAGCUCGUCAAGGAUGGUGCGGAUGGUAUUAUUACAGAUUACCCAAACAUUGUUAGGCGGUGGGCUAAAGAACAAGGACUUCGUGUGGCACCUAAAUAUCCUCAGAAACGCGUCUUCUCCUGCUUAUCCCAGCAUAUGCAUCACUAGAGGCUGUCCAGCGACACCUAGAUUCUAGGUAUCCUUGAUGGCAGUCCAGAGCACCGUACCAUCGAUCAUUCUCCAAGUUCAACACUUGUCGCAGUCACUUUGUAUCUCAUUUGACACACCCUCUUCUGUCAACCACUGUCCUAUCUCACCCCUACUUCUACUGGCAUAUUUUGUUCUCUAUCGAUAGACCCAUAUUUUCCUACAUGUUCUCGUACGUGAUUGCUCAAGACUUAGAAUACUUAAACACAGGCGAUGGUCAUAGAGGAGUAGCGUUUUUGCUAUGGACCCAGAUUUACUGGCUUUUAUUCCGGGCCUGUGCGUUGUUUUGAAGGACGAUCUAUUGUGCCGCCGACUUCGAGCCUUAUCCGCUAAGUCGGUCGUCACAUCAUUUUUGACGAACGGAAGUCUACGCUUUGUAUCUAUACCAUCUCUACAGCUUGCCG